UGUGGGGGGGGGGGGGAGGCGCGCGCGGCCUGGUGCGCGCGGCGGAUCCCGCCGCUCGCGUAGCGCGGCCGCCCGGCCUCGCUGAGGGGGAGGCCCGGGGUGAGCUGAGGGGUGGGUGGGGAAGGGGGGGCGGCGAAGGCUCCCGGCCAGAGGAAACGCCGCCGCCAUGAGCGUGGAGGCGUACGGCCCCAGCUCGCAGACCCUCACCUUCCUGGACACCGAGGAGGCCGAGCUGCUCGGCGCCGACACGCAGGGCUCCGAGUUCGAGUUCACCGACUUCACCCUCCCCAGCCAGACCCAGACCCCGCCCGGGCCCGGCCAGGCGGGGCCGCCACAGGGCCAGGGCCCCCCCGGAGCGGGGCAGGGAGCUCCGGGCCCGCUGGAAGCGCAGGUGAACGGUCCUGAUGGGAUCCUGCAGAAUGGAGCUGUGGAUGAGAACGUGGCCAAGACCAGCCAGCUCCUGGCAGAGCUCAACUUCGAGGAGGAUGAGGAGGACACUUACUACACCAAGGAUCUCCCUGUGCACGCCUGCAGCUACUGUGGGAUCCACGACCCUGCCUGCGUGGUUUACUGCAACACCAGCAAGAAAUGGUUCUGCAACGGCCGUGGAAACACCUCUGGCAGCCACAUUGUGAACCACCUGGUGAGAGCCAAGUGCAAGGAGGUGACCCUGCACAAGGACGGGCCCCUGGGAGAGACCGUGCUGGAGUGCUACAACUGCGGCUGCCGCAACGUCUUCCUGCUGGGCUUCAUCCCAGCCAAGGCUGACUCCGUGGUGGUUCUGCUGUGCAGGCAGCCAUGUGCCAGCCAGAGCAGCUUGAAGGACAUCAACUGGGACAGUUCCCAGUGGCAGCCCCUGAUCCAGGACCGCUGCUUCCUCUCCUGGCUGGUGAAGAUCCCCUCGGAGCAGGAGCAGCUCCGGGCCCGCCAGAUCACAGCCCAGCAGAUCAACAAACUGGAGGAGCUCUGGAAGGAAAAUCCAUCUGCAACCCUCGAGGACUUGGAAAAACCUGGUGUUGAUGAGGAACCCCAGCAUGUCCUGCUUAGAUACGAAGAUGCUUAUCAAUACCAAAAUAUAUUUGGUCCUCUGGUCAAGCUUGAGGCAGAUUAUGACAAGAAACUCAAGGAAUCUCAGACCCAAGAUAACAUCACAGUCAGGUGGGACCUGGGCUUGAACAAGAAGAGAAUUGCUUAUUUCACUUUGCCAAAGACUGAUUCAGACAUGCGCCUCAUGCAAGGAGAUGAGAUCUGCCUGAGGUACAAGGGAGACCUGGCCCCCCUCUGGAAGGGAAUUGGGCACGUCAUCAAAGUUCCUGAUAGUUCUACAGAUUAUGGUGAUGAGAUAGCCAUCGAGCUGAGGAGCAGCGUGGGAGCUCCCGUGGAGGUCACUCACAACUUCCAGGUGGAUUUUGUCUGGAAAUCCACUUCCUUUGACAGGAUGCAGAGUGCUCUGAAAACAUUUGCAGUGGAUGAGACCUCAGUGUCUGGGUACAUUUACCACAAACUGCUGGGCCACGAGGUGGAAGAUGUCAUCAUCAAAUGCCAGCUGCCAAAACGCUUCACAGCCCAGGGACUCCCUGAUCUCAACCACUCUCAGGUUUAUGCUGUCAAGACUGUCCUGCAGCGUCCUCUGAGCCUUAUCCAGGGUCCCCCUGGCACUGGGAAAACAGUGACAUCAGCCACCAUCGUGUAUCACCUGGCCAGGCAGGGCAAUGGGCCUGUGCUGGUGUGUGCCCCCAGCAACAUCGCUGUGGAUCAGCUGACGGAGAAGAUCCACCAGACUGGCCUCAAGGUGGUUCGUCUGUGUGCCAAGAGCCGCGAGGCCAUCGACUCCCCCGUGUCCUUCCUGGCCCUGCACAACCAGAUCAGGAACAUGGACAGCAUGCCAGAGCUUCAGAAGCUGCAGCAGCUCAAGGAUGAGACUGGAGAACUUUCCUCUGCUGAUGAGAAGCGUUACCGGGCGCUGAAGCGCACGGCGGAGCGGGAGCUGCUCAUGAAUGCUGAUGUGAUCUGCUGCACGUGUGUGGGAGCUGGAGACCCCAGGCUGGCCAAGAUGCAGUUCCGCUCCAUCCUCAUCGACGAGAGCACGCAGGCCACCGAGCCCGAGUGCAUGGUGCCCGUGGUCCUGGGGGCAAAGCAGCUGAUCCUGGUGGGUGACCACUGCCAGCUGGGGCCUGUGGUGAUGUGCAAGAAGGCAGCCAAGGCCGGGCUGUCUCAGUCCCUGUUUGAGAGGCUGGUGGUGCUGGGCAUCCGGCCCAUCCGGCUGCAGGUGCAGUACCGCAUGCACCCCGCGCUCAGCGCCUUCCCCUCCAACAUCUUCUACGAGGGCUCCCUGCAGAACGGCGUCACCGCAGCUGACAGGGUGAAGAAAGGCUUUGAUUUCCAGUGGCCCCAGCCUGACAAACCCAUGUUCUUCUACGUGACCCAGGGACAGGAGGAGAUUGCCAGCUCAGGCACCUCUUACCUGAACAGGACGGAGGCUGCCAACGUGGAGAAGAUCACCACCAAGCUGCUCAAGGCUGGGGCCAAGCCUGACCAGAUUGGCAUCAUCACCCCCUACGAGGGGCAGCGCUCCUACCUGGUGCAGUACAUGCAGUUCAGUGGCUCCCUGCACACCAAGCUCUACCAGGAAGUGGAAAUUGCGAGCGUGGACGCCUUCCAGGGCAGGGAGAAGGAUUUCAUCAUCCUGUCCUGUGUGAGGGCCAACGAGCACCAGGGCAUUGGCUUCCUCAACGACCCCAGGAGGCUCAACGUGGCCCUGACAAGAGCCAGGUACGGGGUGAUCAUUGUGGGCAACCCCAAGGCCCUGUCCAAGCAGCCCCUCUGGAAUCACCUCCUCAAUUACUACAAGGAGCAGAAGGUGCUGGUGGAGGGGCCCCUGAACAACCUGCGCGAGAGCCUCAUGCAGUUCAGCAAACCCCGCAAGCUGGUCAACACCAUCAACCCUGGUGCCCGUUUCAUGACCACUGCCAUGUAUGAUGCACGGGAGGCCAUCAUCCCUGGCUCUGUCUACGACCGCAGCAGCCAAGGGCGUCCAUCCAACAUGUACUUCCAAACCCACGACCAGAUUGGGAUGAUCAGUGCUGGCCCCAGCCACGUCACUGCCAUGAACAUUCCCAUCCCCUUCAACCUCGUCAUGCCCCCGAUGCCCCCCCCGGGCUACUUCGGCCAGGCCAACGGCCCCGCUGCAGGCCGUGGGGCUCCCAAAGGGAAGACGGGCCGCGGCGGGCGGCAGAAAAACCGAUUUGGGAUUCCUGGCACGAGCCAGUCCAACCUCCCCAACAGCCAGGCCAGCCAGGACGUGGUGUCCCAGCCCUUCUCCCAGGGCCCCCUGACCCAGGGCUACAUCUCCAUGAGCCAGCCCUCCCAGAUGAGUCAGCCUGGGCUCUCCCAACCGGAAUUAUCCCAGGACAGUUACCUUGGUGAUGAGUUUAAAUCCCAGAUUGACGUGGCGCUGUCACAGGACUCAACUUACCAGGGAGAACGAGCAUAUCAACAUGGUGGAGUGACGGGACUGUCACAGUAUUAGAGUGUUGAGGAAGAAGAGCUAAGCUUAUGUGGAGCUUAGUUCAUCAGCAUUUUAUUCUGGGUAAUAAAAAAAAUAAAAUAAAACGGAUACCUGUUUUCCACUGCUAAAACUGAAGCACCACUGUGUGAGAGCAACAGGAGAAAGAAACCAAGCAACGGAGAGGAGAGAGAGAGAGAGGAGCACGCGAGAGAGCCACUGCUGGAGCUCACUGGGACAAGGAGACUGACGAGGAGAGGGGACAGAGCCCUGCAGGAGUGGCUCAGGCACGGAACUCACGGCAGGAGCGCUCAGCUGAGCCCCUGCUGCCCCAGUCAGCCCGGCUCCGGAGAAGGGCCUUAACAAAGCAGGUCUCACUUCAUUCCAUACUUCUCUUUGCGAGCAGGGCAUGAACUUUUCAGAGCAGAUGGGGAGAGGAAAACCCUCAUCUCAGAGUUGGGCUCGUUUUGUGAGGGGUACUCAAAAUAUUUUAGCAGGAAGUUGUUUGCAUUCCCGAAGCGGAGUAUCUGA